AUGAAACAGAGAGAAUUCAACUUUCCGGGUUUUAUUCUUCAAGAUCAGCAGCUGCAAGAAUAUACAUUGAUAGAGAUCGAGCGGCUCCUCAAAGAGAAUGGCAAAUCUUUAGCUGAUUUCGCUGGAAUGCCUAAGCCAAACCCAAGUGUUCUUAAGGAAAUCUCAAACACUGUUUUGCGCCAAGAGCUGAAUUAUGACACUGAGAAAGAAGCUAUUGAGCAUGAGAGUCUGUUUAGCACCAUGAAUGAAGAUCAAAAAACCUUGUUCUUUGUCUAUGGUGGUGGAGGGACUGGAAAAACUUUCUUAUACAGGACAAUUAUAGCAAAACUGAGAUCAGUUGGUAAGGUUGUCAUCCCUGUUGCAUCAGCAGGCAUUGCAGCUUUACUACUACCAGGAGGUAGAACAGAUCACUCCCGUUUCAAACUUCCUAUAAAUUUAACGGAUCAGACAGUGUGUGAGAUAACGCCUAGCUCUAUGUUAGCGAGUCUUCUUUCAAAGACUGACUUAAUCAUAUGGGACGAGCCCCCUAUGGCUCACCGCCAGGCAUUUGAAACUCUGGAUCGCACACUUAGAGACUUACAAUCUCUACAAGAUCCAUCAGCAGCUAAUAAACCUUUCGGAGGGAAAACGGUUGUCCUUGGUGGUGAUUUUGGGCAAAUUUUGCCGGUUAUACCUCUUGGCUCUAGACAAGACAUAGUUAAAGCCUCGAUCAGCAAGUCAUACCUCUGGCCAUUUGCUGAGGUUUAUACUUUAACCAUCAACAUGAGACUGAGACAAGCUGACAAGGACUUUGCAGAAUGGAUUUUAAAAGUUGGUAAUGGAACUGCACCCACCGUGAGGACAGAAGGAAGAAGUCAUGAGGAUGGCGAGCCGGUUAUAAUAGGAGAUGAAUUCAUGUUACCAAGAUCUGAUCAUCUUCACAAGUCUAUAUCAGAUGCUGCGUACCCAGAUUUUGUUAAGAACUACUUGAACCGGACGUACUUACCAGAGCGAGCUAUCUUGGCUCCAACAAACGCCAGUGCCCAUGAAAUAAACUCAUACCUUCUGUCUAAGGUACCUUCUCUAGAAAGAGAAUUCUUGAGCUCAGACAGUGUUGCUUUUGAGAGUACACCCGAAGAUGACUGGACCAAUAACUACACUCAGGAGUACUUAUACUCACUUGAGUUUCCAGGUUUGCCGCCACAUAAACUGUCUGAAGGUUGGUUCUCCAGUUAUGAUGCUGCGUAA